CCUUGGCAAAUCUGUCAGACGGUUCAAGCUCCAGCUUGACAGCCUGUCUGCUUUCUGCAUCGGCCUUCCCCAUUCCGCAGAUGUCACGGCAUCAAUCCAUAUGCAUUGUAGUACUUGAGGCUCGUCUAGCUCAAUGGUGAGCCAUACAGCUGGCACACACUAACUCCUUCAGCCCUCGCCUGGUACAAGGAUCUUGAGAAACGGACAGACAUCGCCAAAUUGGGCAUUACAAGAAUCGCUGGUCAGGGCAUCCUCCAUGCUCCGAUACACUUCGCCUUUCUUCUGCGCUUGACAGCAUUGCCCCGAUCCUCGCAAGUCCCGGCCGCUAGCGCGCGAGGCCCACAACAGUGCGAGGGUAUAAAGGAGGGGACGCUCAGGACGCUGGCUACCUACCCUCCCCUCCUUGCCAUCCUCUUAUCCUCAUGGCGAUUCUCGAGCUCUUCGCCACCUCUGGCUUCGACGAAGCCGCAAAUCUUGAAGCUGCCAAAGACGCCCUCAACGGCAUCGGCGAGCGUCUUGCACUAGUGUACGCAGGUGAACAAAUUGAGAAUCCCGCUUACGUGCAUUGGGCCCUGCAAUGGACCUCCCUCGCCGGCCGCGACUCCUCCGUCCAAGAUGGGACCUACAAGCGCCUCCUCAACGCCGCGGGAUCCACUCUGCUCCGUGACCCCGUCGUCGUCACCCUAAAGGCGAACCAGCGCGACACGCUCGCUAGCAUCCUACGUACUCCUGUGCCUGAGUUCGCGGCCACCAGAAUGAAGAGCGUGGCCGAGCGCGCGGAGGCGCGGCAGACACUUGACGAACUGCUCGCUGGGGCACACGAGCGCGCGACGCAGGGCGAGCUAGCGUUGACGGCGGUCGAUGACGAGGAUGUCAUCGUCUAUGUGGUCGGUUGGAAUUCGCUGGACGAUUACAAGGCGGAACGAGUGAAGCCAUCGCAGAAAGCCAAGGCUGAAGAGGCGUUGACGCGGAUGGAGCCAGGAUACAAGUCGCAUUGCUGGCCAGCUAGGUCCCUGUUGUGGCCCGAGCGCGAGUGGUACGCAUGCUUCGCACCCGACCUGAAUGCAGGGGAGCAGGCGUGA